UCUUUCGUUUCGUUCUCCUUUCCUCUCUCUUCUCCUCUCAAACUCAAACUGAAACUCUCUUUCCAGAGUCUGAAACUCUUCAAACACCAUUUUAAGUGCUUUUGUUCCCUGCUACUUCCCAGUGUUAAUUACAGCUUGUGGGCAUGUAAUUUUUUAUGGUUCCAAGCAUGGAAUGUGGUUCUUGUAGCUCCUUAUUUGGUGCGGCUAUGCCUUUCUUGUGUGGCAAAGCAACGGUUUCGUCUCAUAAAAUGGCGGUGCCCUUCACAGUUUCUUUCAAUUUGCAGUCAGAUUCUCUCAGUUUCCUUAAUUCUUUGCAGCGUUCUAACAAUAAACUCAAAGCGCCAUUAAAGUCAUCUCGGAAGAUGCUAUCAUCAAAUGCAUUGAUUAUCACUGGCGAACACCCUCAGAAUACUGAUUUGCCUCGGUACUAUUCCAGAAAGGAGAAGAAACCCUUUCCAAUUCCGAUAGUGGAGAUGAGGCGUGCUGCAAGGGAGAGGGUCAAGAAGAACAGAGGCCAGCCUAGAAAGCCUGUUCCACCUCCCAAGAAUGGCCUGGUUGUGAAGAGUUUGAUACCACUUGCCUAUGAUGUGUAUAAUGCAAGAAUAACAUUGAUCAACAAUCUCAAGAAGCUCUUAAAGGUGGUACCUGUGCAUGCUUGCAGGUGGUGUAACGAAAUACAUGUGGGGCCAACUGGACAUCCAUUCAGGUCGUGUAGAGGCCAAAAUGCUAGUAUCCGAAAGGGCAUCCAUGACUGGGCAACUGCGACCGUGGACGACAUAUUUCUGCCUAUUGAAGCUUACCACCUCUAUGACCGGCUUGGAAAGCGUAUUCCCCAUGCACAGAGAUUCUCAAUUCCCCGGAUCCCAGCAGUAGUCGAGCUCUGCAUUCAAGCUGGGGUCGAUAUCCCUGAUUUUCCAGCUAAAAGGAGAAGGAAACCGAUCAUCAGGAUCGGCAAGAGCGAAUUUGUUGAUGCAGAUGAAAGUGAACUACCAGAUCCCGACCCCAAUGCUCCCAAGAGACCAGUGUUAACUGAAAUACCUGGUUUUGAAAUAGUAGGCCCAUCCAGUGAAGAAGAAACAACCUUGCUCGCCAAGGAAACACUCCAAGCAUGGGAACAGAUGAGAAAAGGAGCCCAAAGGCUAAUGAAGCUUUAUCCGGUGAGAGUUUGUGGGUAUUGUCCUGAGGUGCACGUGGGUCCCAGUGGCCACAAGGCGCAAAACUGUGGAGCCCAUAAGCACCAACAGCGAAACGGGCAGCACGGUUGGCAGGCUGCGGUGCUGGAUGACUUGAUAGCCCCGAGAUAUGUGUGGCAUGUUCCUGAUGUCAAUGGACUGACAUUGGAAAGGGAGCUCCGGAACUUCUAUGGCCAAGCUCCUGCUGUUGUUGAAAUGUGCAUUCAGGCUGGUGCAGCUGUUCCUGAUCAGUACAAAGGAACCAUGAGAUUGGAUGUGGGAAUCCCCAAAGAUCUCAAAGAAGCUGAAAUGGUAGUUUGAGAAUCAUUCAUAUCCUACACACCCUGCGAGAUCCUGAAAAUUUCUUAUAGCAAUAUCAUAUUUGUCCAUAUAUCUGUGCUUCAAAAUUGCAAAAUGUAAAUGCUAAUUGAAAUUGAAGAGUAAUUGAUCAAUUAAAUGUUGCACAAUCAUAAUGAAGGCAGUAGGAUAAAAUGCUUCUUUUUCAAAACUUUUCUACUUGUUAAUGAUAAUAUUUCGUCUCUGGCCGCCGCAAACUCGAUGCAUAUUUUAAUAAUUUUGACUAGACU